AUGUCUGCCAAAGUGAUCUUUCCUACGGCAAUAUUUGAUGCGUUGUUGGUCUCUAACUAUUCGAAUCCCAGUACAAAUGAUUCAACGAUCUGUCAUCCACUCCUCCUUUCACAAGGAAACAAGAGUGAGAAGGGAUUGUGUGAUGACACCACUUCGGCCAUUGUUAUUUCAGCUAUUGUGUUGUUCCUUCACACAAGCUUGUUAUUAGUUUCGGUUGGAGGUUUAGUUUAUAAAUUGAGAAAGUUGCAUAUUCUCCAAAAGGAACACAAACAAGUGGUGAAUUAUUUGCAGGUUGCCAGGAAUCCAGCAUUGAUGGUCAUGGGAGCAAUUAUUGGAUGGACCUAUACUUUCGUAUUAAUGACUAGAGUGUUAAUUGGACGAAAGAUUUAUCCAUGUUUCAUAUUUUCACUAAUCUAUUAUUUGGCUGUGCCUGCACUUUCGAAUACUGUCAUAUUGAGAUGUAUUAGAUUGUUGAUAUUGACAAAAUUAUAUGAAUUGAAAGUGAGGAUUGGUAAUAGACAAUAUGAACUGCGUCAUUCGAUAUCAUCAGAUAAUCCUAAACAAAUUACUGAAACAACCGAAACUGAACUAAAUCCAACUAGCUCAUCAACAGCUAAAUCUAAUACUGGAGAAAACACAUCAUCAUCAAGUGGACUCUCUGACAAUAUUGAAAAACAAAAGAGUUUGUCCUCAUUUUCAUUAUCAACCACACAAGACAGCUCUACAGGAAUUUUACAAGAUGAACAAUUGGAUAUGGAAAUUCUUUUCAGAAACAAAACCAAAUGGGAAAUAUUUGAAAAGAGAUUAUUUACACUCUUUAGAUUCAUUGUAGGAACUAAAUUCAUCUUUGUGGUCUAUGGAUUAAUUGUGGCGUUGCACAUUAUGAUUUAUUACAUUAUUGCAAUUGUGGACUAUUUCAGAUCAAUAUGUAUUUAUUUCAUAUGCAGCUUUUUAUAUUUUCAUUUCCUUAAUUGUUUCCAUUGUUGCAUUGUUUACAAAGAGAGAUGUUUGGAAUGUCAAGAUUGA